ACCGCACUCCCUUAGGAAUCACCCGAACAGAAGAAAAGCGGGUGAGUCUAUUCGCACUGGAGCGCUUAUUCACACGUGCACAUCUAAUACGAAGAAGCCGACACAUCUUCUAAUUCCAUCGGAUAAGGCAAUCUUCUCUGCUUAAAACCAGUGACUUGGCUCCAAUUUCUUUUCUUCGAAGCCCUAGUUUCCUAUUGCUAAGAAAUGGGCUCCAAAAUUCUCUCUCAGGCCCUAGUUGUGAUUCCAAGAAGCCCCACUCUUUGUCUUCCUCCAAGGAAAUUAGGGUUUUCUUCAACUUUCCAUCGUGAUUCCACUCUCUGCAUUUCUACUUCUCGAGUUUCGUCUAAUUCAAUUUGUUCAAAUUUGGAAGCAUUUGCGAGACAUAGCAUCGUUGCUAGAGCGGAAUCGGAGAACUCUGGAGGAGGCGAAGUAGCGAAUGAAAGUGACAAUGUUGAAGGAGAAGUGACGGAAGUAGAAGAACAAGAAGAGAAAGAAGGAGAAGUAGUUUUGGAAAGUGAUGAGGUGAAGGCCGAAGUAAAAGUGAAAGAACCAAGAAAGCCAAUAAUCAAGCUUGGGGACAUAAUGGGGAUAUUGAAUAAGAGAGCAGUUGAGGCAUCAGAGAAGGAAAGACCGAUUCCAGAUAUCAGGACUGGGGAUAUAGUGGAGAUUAAAUUGGAAGUUCCGGAAAAUAGGCGUAGGCUAUCCAUCUACAAAGGCAUUGUUAUGUCAAGGCAAAAUGCUGGUAUACACACUACAAUUAGAGUUCGGAGGAUUAUCGCUGGCAUAGGGGUUGAGAUUGUAUUCCCUCUCUACUCACCAAAUAUCAAGGAAAUAAAAGUAGUCAAACAUAGGAAGGUCAGGAGGGCAAGGUUGUAUUAUCUGAGAGAAAAGCUUCCCAGGCUGUCCACCUUCAAAUGAAAAAACAUGGAGAGUCCUUUCUUCUCCAAAAUAGCAUUCUCACUGCAGAGAUAUUGUAAGAACUAAAUUUCCCUGUAUCCAUUUUUAUUUGUUUUUGUUUUAUGCAAAUUGUUGUAUGCAAUACGCAUAGAUGUGUUGGCUCUUCUUUCUUUAUGGAAAAAUGACACCAUGUAAUGUCUCAGUUUUAGGACUCUCUGCUACUCUUUUCUUUAGUUCCUUUAAUUUGUACUACUAUUUUUUUAUAAUGCCUAUAUAUGGGGCUCUGCGAUGUUUUUCUUUUUAAA